AUGGCAAACAGUCGAUUACUCAUGUAUGUAACAAUCAUGAUGGUGAUGUUUCUUAUGAUUGAACAAUCAUAUGAAAUUUAUAUUGAUUGUCAAGCACGUUGUAUGUUAGCACUGGGACGUGAACGCAAUAGAGAUAGUUUACAGAUGUGUCGUGAUGAAUGUGAAUUAUUUGAAUUACUUGAACAAGAAGAGGGAAGAGAAAGAAA